AUGUCAGAGAACGAGGAAGAAGACAUCCCAUUGCUCUCUAAUAUUGCGCCAUCCAUCUUCGUUCCCGCAACCUUCGACUACACCACCGCACCGCCCCCCCUUCCCACAGACCCCAGAAAACGCCUAGAGCAGCGCCUCGUGCAAAUCGAGGAGCACGAAGCCAAGGUACAGAGAAACAUCCGCGCCAUGACGAAGCGUGAGGUACGGCGCAUCCACCUCAUAGGGGAGACCGAUCGCCCGUACUUCGACAAUCUCGGCCGGCGCGUGACCAAGAAGCGCAAGCCGGGCCUCACGACCUACGAGCAGGACCUUCUGCCCAACAAUCGGGAGGAACUGGCGCGCCUCUGGGAGAGCAAGGCUUGGGGCCGGCUGCCGCCGCCGCCGCCGCCGCCGCCGCCGCCGGUGCGCGGGGGCCCCUGGGAGGUGCCGCUCGGCCUGUCGAAGAACGACCUCCUCAACGGGCCUGUGCACGCGGAUAAUCUGUCGCCGCGCGCUGCUUCUGUCAAAUUCUUCCUGAAUAUUAUUCAGUUCAGCGCGCAGAACCUCGAGGGCCACGCCGACGCCAUCCGAGCGGAGAUGGAGAAGACAAUUGCGCAGUACGGGUUCCCCGCGUCGGACUUCUUGCCGGAUAAGCAUGUUCCUGGGGUGCCAGCUCCCAUCCCGAUACCCACGGGGCCAGCUAGCAGCGUUGGGAGCCAGCGCGGGAGCAUCAGUGACCGUCAUGGUGGCGGACAUGCCGGUGGCCCUGGCAGAGGCACAUACGACACCGGUGGACGAGGGGAUAGUUACAGACGAUUCUCUGGCGGAAGCGGAUACGACAGCAUCCGACGUGGAAAUGAUUACGGAAGGGGUCCAAGCCGAGGCGGAUAUGACGACGGCGGACGAGGUCGUGGAUACGGAAGCGGACCCGCAUACGGAAGCGGACCCGGCAGGGCCGGAUACAACGACGGGGAGCGAACAGACAGCUAUGGUAGCCGAAAUCCUAGCGGUCCAGGUGGACAGCGGAGUGCACACAGCAAUGGAGACGACGGCCGAUGGACUGUUAGGUACAGACCAGACGGCUCCGUUGUCCCACACGUCCAGUGUGGAUAUUGCAAGAAAGUCGGCCACUUUGAGGAGGAGUGCUGGCACAAGAAGGAUCAACAGAACGGUAAACCGCGCCCCUUUGUGCCGCGCGGUCGCGGUUCAUCUCACCACUAUGGCGACCGCCGGUCGUCCUACGGCGAUCGGAUGGACCUCGACUGA